AUGGGCGGCUUUGGGGAUUUCACCACAAUUUGCGAGACGGCUCCUUUGCCGCUAUGCGCCAAUGUUGGACCCAUCACCUCCAUCGCGAGCGGCGUCGGUAUCGAGCCCGACUGUUUCGCCCGCAACAUUGAGGUCGCCAACACCAUCAUCUUUCAGGGCGCGUCGAGUUUCAUGCACAUCAUCGCUCUGGUCAUGACCGUCGUCAUGAUCCUGCACAUUCGCGGCAAGUUCACAGCCGUCGGCCGCAAGGAGAUCCUCGCCUUCUUCUACUUCUACAUGCUCCUAAGCUUCUUCUCGCUCUGCGUAGAUGCCGGUGUGGUUCCACCAGGCUCCGUGCCUUAUCCGUACUUUGUCGCCGUCCAGUCCGGCCUCACCUCCUCGCUGAUUACCUGUCUCCUGAUCAAUGGGUUUGUGGGGUUCCAGCUGUACGAGGACGGCACACCGUUGUCCGUUUGGCUACUUCGAGUCUGUUCAUUCGCGGCAUUCGUCAUCUCGUUCCUCGUUUCUCUCGCUACCUUCAAGUCGUGGGCCGGACUUGGUCCCACCAACACGAUCGGCUUGUUUGUGGUGCUCUACCUCUUGAAUGGCAUUCAGCUAGUGAUCUACUUUUCCCUCCAAAUACUCCUCGUCACGAGAACACUUCAGGACCGAUGGCCAUUGGGAGACAUUGCCCUUGGUGUCAUCUUCUUUGUCAUUGGCCAAGUCAUGCUGUACGCAGUGAGCAACACCAUUUGCGAAGCCACUAGCCAUUAUAUCGAUGGUCUUUUGAUUGCGACCACCUGCAACUUGUUGACUGUCAUGAUGGUCUACAAGUACUGGGAUUCCAUUACGAAGGAAGACUUAGAGUUUUCAGUCGGCACGCGGCUCAACAACUGGGAAGUCAAGGAGCUGUUGCCCGAGGACGACCGACGGACUACCGUUUAUGCCGACGAGCCGAGUCCUUACGCUCGUUCCAGUGCCUACGACCGUGGCUACUCGCCUAACAGCAAUAAUAGGAUGUCCAGACAUUCAUACAUGUUGGGCAUUGGAAGCAUGGCAAUUGUAACAGACAUCUUACACACGGGGGCUACACUGCAUUGGCAAGGGGUUCGAGGCCUCUCCAGACUCGCGAUGCCUGACAAGAUCACCUCCAAAAACCUCGGUUACGACAAGACCCUCCCACCGUUUCUUGCGCGCCUGCACGGCCAGCAGACCUCAAACUCAGAGUUUGCCGAUCCCAUACUCGCUGCCCGCCGGAGAGCGGCCAAAGUACGCAGCGCGAGUGAAGAGGCUGAAGAUGCACCGGUCGUGGUAGACGAGGACGGGAACGUGGUGCAGAUGACAGCUGGCCAGCUCGACGAAGAUGGUGGACAGGGUGAUGCAGCUCAGAAUGAGGGGCCCGAGGAUGGCGAGCCCAAGGGAAUCAACGAUCAAGAGGGAAAUCAAGCUCCUGAAAGGGAAAAGGUCGCUGGUAUAGGCGCAACCAAGAAACGCAAGGUCGGAAAGCUCAUCGGCGGAGAUGACGAGGACGAAGAUAAAGCAUCGGACGCAGCCAUUGCGAAAGCCGUUAAUGCGACGAAGAAGCUGGCGGGCGGAACCUCAAAGAGAGAACAGAAGAUGCCUGCCAGCAAGCCUAGCGAGAAGGGAAACAAGAAGAAGGCGAAGAAGAUUAAGCUCAGCUUUGGUGACGAUGAGAGCUGA